CCCACUUCCUAGUCUCUCUGUUACUAACUGUCAGUGAUACAGAUACAGCAUUCAGCCCAGGAGUCACUGAAAGGAUGUCAGCGGGAAAGGGCCAAGUGUACGUUGUGACGGGAGGAUGCGGAUUCCUGGGAUCCCACUUAGUGCGCAUGUUGGUGGAACAUGGCGAAAACCUGUCCGAAAUACGAGUGUUUGAUCUCCAUUUGGAUGAAAGACUACAGACACUCAGUAACAGCAAGGUGAAGGUGCAGCUUGUGCAAGGAGACAUUUCAUGUUUGGAUGAUGUGCGUGGCGCACUGCAAGGGAGCCAUGUUGUUAUACACACUGCCAGCCUAGUGGACGUUUGGGGACGUGUGCCAGCUGCCAAGGUCACAGAGGUCAAUGUGAAUGGGACGGAAAAUGUGCUCCAGGUGUGCGGCGAGGAAGGGAUCCAGUACCUGAUCUAUACCAGCAGCAUGGAGGUUGUAGGUCCGAACCAACAUGGAGAUCACUUCUACAGGGGAAAUGAAGACACAAAAUACAGAGUUUUUCACACACAGCCGUAUCCUCUGAGCAAGGCAAAGGCAGAGAAACUCGUCCUCCAAGCCAAUGGAAGGAAGAUUAAGGAUGGAAAGACCCUUUACACCUGCGCAUUGCGUCCGACUGGUAUAUAUGGAGAAGGACAUGGACUCAUGAAGGAUUUUUAUAAACAAGGGGUGAAGACUGGAGGCCGGGUGUUUAGAGCAAUCUCACCCUCCAUUGAGCACGGACGGGUAUAUGUCGGGAAUGUGGCUUGGAUGCAUGUCUUGGCUGCCCAAUAUCUGCAGGAGCGGCCAGAUACCUUGGGUGGGCAACAGUAUUUCUGCUACGACCACUCUCCUUAUAAGAGCUAUGAGGAUUUCAACAUGGAGUUCCUCUCAAGCUGUGGAUUCCGCAUGGUGGGAAGCCGCCCGUUGGUGCCCUACUUCCUGCUAUACCUUCUGGCUCUGUUUAAUGCCUUGCUGCAAUGGCUGCUACAUCCAUUUUGUGUCUACGCUCCAAUCCUUAACCCCUACACCCUGUCCGUGGCCAGCACGACAUUCACCGUACAGACUGACAAAGCAGAGAAGCACUUUGGGUACCGACCACUCUACAGCUGGGAAGAGUGCAAGAGCAGGACAAUUACUUGGGUUCAGUCUCUGGAGAAAGAGGGCAAAAAACAUUAGCAAGAGGCAUUAAAUGGAGACGGCUUGAGCCGAGCAAUGGCCACAGACGCUCAAACCAGUUAGAUACCCGUAAGAUACCAUGAAUGCAAUGAAUGUUCAGCUAGCUAGCUAGCAGAGAGGAAUAUGGGAAAUGUAGUCUGAUAGCUGGAUGGCCAACAAAAAGGAGAGAAAUAAACCUCUAGGACCGGGUAUCAAAGAUGUUAAAGGAUUUUAGAUCCCAUAACAGCUUGGUGGGAAGCACAGAUCUUUCCACUCCCCUUCUAGAUAUGUGAGAACCAUUAUCAUCGGUCAAGUGCAACUCCCAUCAUUCCCAGUUACUUUCAAUUCCGUCAUCAUGGUGGUCUACGAAUCAGACUUACUACUCAUGCAGAGUAAACAUGUCUCUGUCACCACCAUAACUUUAGGGGUCUGGGAAAAUCUGAAAUUUAUAAUAGGGUGCUUAA